AUGCGCGGAGGCCGACACACCCGUUUCGCCGCCGACUGGAGGUUUAUUCACCGGGCCUGGCUCAACACCUUGCACAUCUUGCCACUGAACGGGUGUCGGAGGUGGGGUAAUGAAGACCGCCGUUGUAGAAGGUGUGGAAGACACGAUGAGACGACUGCCCACGUGCUAUGUCACUGCCUGCCUAUGAUGCCUGUCAUAACGAGAAGACACGAUGCCAUCCUGGAACUACUGUCAUCGGAGAUCCGUGGGCACCCUCAGGAGGAGACUCGCCUAGACAAGAGGGUGCCGUUCCAGGAGCUGGUACCAGACGUGGAGGUCCCGGAGGAGGUGACCAGCUGCCGACCGGACAUCGUGACGAUCGACCGGAGAAACAAGAUUGUACGUGUAGUCGACGUCACGGUGCCCUAUGAAGACGGUUGGCAGUCGGUGACGACGGCCAGGGAGAAGAAGAUGGAGAAGUAUGCUCCUGUGGCGCGACUGCUCUCGGCUGGGGGAUACCGGACAUCUGUAGACGCCUUCGUGGUGGGGUCCCUAGGUGCCUGGGAUUCCGCCAACUGGACUACCCUCAGCCGCCUGGGAGUUGACCGCCGCAGGGGUGCUGCCCUGGCCCGGCGCUGCGUCUCCGAGGCCAUCAAAUGGAGCCGGGAUAUCUACGUCGAACACGUGACGGGCAUCCGGCAGUACGUGGGAUAG